AUGUGGUCUCAUACUGAAAAUGAAAGUACGAGCUGCAGUCCAAAAUCUGGGACCAAAAUACUCAAAGGAAAAGAAAAUUUCCAAUCGAAUUUUCUAGCUCAUUUUAGAGAGAUAAAAAAUCUCCGGCAGAUACCCGAGAUACCAUGGACCAAAGAAACAAGUUUUAACACGGCAAUGGGGGGCGUAAGGCAUGGAUUGAGUUUGAUCGCAUCUUGGCCACUGAUGCUAGAAACUUGGAGAAUAACGGUGAUUUGGUUGUUUUACGCUGUGGGAUUUUUGGUGUGCGUAUGCGGUACUUUAGGCGGAGCGAUUAAUGCUCGGAAGGACUUCCAGCGUUUGGUCGCGGUGCUUGGUCAAGCCAUCCCAGUCACGGUGAUAGCCAUCAAGUACGGGUUAUUCAGGGCGCAAGUGAAGCCGCUGAACCAGAUCCUGAAAAGCAUGGAAUCGGACUGGGAAAGUGAGAACUUGAAUUCACGAAGGGACGAUCCGGGGGCGCUACGACGUCGUCAGAUAAUGACGAAUCAUGCCCGAGUACCAAGGAUUUUUUUCAACGUUUACACGACGGUCGUGAUGGUUUGUUGGAUAUUGUUCACCAUCGGACCAGUAACCAAGAGAAUAUCGUCACGUGAUCAAUCUCCACCGACUGCCAACAAACUUCCUCUCAAUUCCUGGUACCUUUUUCCCUUCAGUCACAGCUCCAUUUAUCAGAUUAUGUACGUGUUCGAGGUAUUCUUCGGGACUGCAAUGGUCAUCGCACACACUGGCAUAGACAGUUUGCUAGUCACCGUAAUUUUUCACCUUUGCGGACAGCUGGAGAUACUGCGGAGCUGCAUUGAGGAGUUUCGGACUGAGGAACGAAGCAUUAAAAGCAUGUGGGCCGACGUGAAGUUCAUAGUCGAACGACACGAGGCGAUAACAAAUUCAGCUCGUAGUCUGGAGAAAUCCUUUAAUGGAAUUUUAUUGAGCCAGCUACUCGCAGGCACACUACAUAUUUGCUUGGCAGGAUUCAGUGUUCUACAGGCAAUGGAAUCGAACAACACUUCGGUUCUCGUGAAGUUCGGCCUUUUGCUUACAAUGGUUCUGCAGCAACUAUUCAUUUACAGUUUGGCUGGAGAUUACUUAACGUCCCAGGGUAUUCUGAUACGAGUAGCUGCCUAUAAAGCCACUUGGUACAAACUACCGCCAUCGGUGAGUAGAUCAUUUUUAUUGAUCAUGAUCAGAGCAACGAAACCGAUUACGCUUACUGCUGGAAAAUUCUCUGUCAUGUCAUUACCCAAUUUUACCUCGCUAAUCAAAUCAGCGGUAUCGUAUCUCUCGGUUCUGAGGGCGAUGAAUACGGACAAGACUAACUAAGUAGUUAGAACUGUUGAAGCAGGUUAAAAUACUUGAAUUGUAGUUGCAUCGUGUGGAUAAUUUUGUGUUAUAGAUAAACAUUAGG